CCCCAGUAUAAAAAGCAGACCCAAUAUCCACAUAUCCAGCACAACUCAGUUAUCGCUCCAGCAACAACAAUGGCAUUCAAGUUCGUCGUUCUUAGCGCUUUGGUCGCUUACGCCAGCGCCGGCCUCAUCAGCGCUCCGGCCACCCUCUCCGCCGCCCCCAUCGCCUACGGAGGUUACGCCGCCCCCAUCGCCCGUGCCGUAGCCGCCCCCGUCGCCGUCGCCAAGACCGUCGUCGCUGACGAAUACGACCCCAACCCACAGUACUCUUUCGGAUACGACGUCCAAGACGGUUUGACCGGAGACUCCAAGAGCCAGAUUGAAUCCCGCUCCGGAGAUGUUGUCCAGGGUAGCUACUCCCUCGUCGACCCUGAUGGUACCAGACGUACCGUCGAAUACACCGCUGACCCCAUCAACGGAUUCAACGCUGUUGUGCACAAGGAACCCCUUGCCGCCCCCGUUGUCGCUAAAGUAGCCGCCCCUGUGGCCUAUGCCGCCCCCGCCAUCGCCAAGGUCCACGCUCCUUUGGCCUACUCCGCCUCCGUCCUCCACUAAGAAGUGACUUGUUCUGUUUGUUUAAUUUAUUAUGUUCAAAAUAAUAAAAAAAUGAUUUCGAUCGAUGAAA